AUGAGUGAAGCAAAUUCUGUUAUUCUUCGUGCUUCAAUAGAAUCUCUUCAGAAAUAUAUAGAAAUGCAAAUGUCAGUCAUUUCUGAUACAAGGAAAAAGCUCGUAUUUCUCAAACCACAAAAAAAGACACUUUCGUUUAGCUCAUCUAAUAUUGCAAGUUUUGAUCCAGUUGAUCCUCGAAUAAAACGCGAAUACCUAUCUAAAAGGAUGACAAAAAUUGCGAAGUUACUUAAAUUAAUGAAGAUAGAAAAACAAAAUACAAAGCGUGAUGUACAGAAUGCGAUUGAUUCAAUGAAAAACGAAAAUAUUUCUCUUCAACAGCAAAUUGAUAUGCUUUAUUCGCGUUUGAACAAAUAA